AUUAUAAAAUUUUAACCAAUUGAUAAAGUCUUCGUCUCGAAGAACUGCUUUGUUUAGAAUUGACUACUUAGAAUCUACAUUUUUUUAAUAAUAUAUAACAAUUGGACAUUAUAUUACAAUGUCUGGGUUCAAAUUCGAAGACAACCUGGAAAACGCCUCAGGUGGUGAAAGUGCCUCCAGUUCUGGCACAGAAGUGACCGAUGGCAUAAAACAGAUUCUGCUGAAGGCCUAUAGUACAUAUGACCAGUUUCCUUACGAUGAUUUUUACAAGCCUUAUUAUAUACCCCAUUUGGACUACAUCGGUGUUAGGUGUACUAAUGAUGAUACAUAUUUGGCUGAAAUCUGGAGAGAUUUUGAAAACAAUGGGAAAACUGUCGAUAUUGAUGAUUCGACGUCGCCAAAUCCGACGACAAAUUUGGCUCAAUCGUCCACACAUUUUUAUGAUAAAUAUUUUGCAAAUGAAAUGCGCAAAAAUUUGUCAAUGAGUGAGCAGCUAACGAUGCCCAAAAAGGAAUGUGUAUUUUGCAAAAACAAUGGCACUCCAGCGCUCAACUACAAGACCCAUUUUGUUAAGGAUCUCGAUGGUAGGGUAACAUGCCCCGUGCUAAGGGCUUGCAUCUGCCCCAUAUGCUCCGCUACAGGGGAUAUGGCGCACACUCCAAAAUAUUGCCCCCUAAAGCAUUACAUGGAAUUCGAUUAUGAGAUUCCUACUUAUUCAAGCUUUCGAGGGGCACCCAGGUCUAACCAAGGACAGAGGUUAAGCUACGCUUCUGCAACUUCAUCUAUGCCAGUUCCUGAAAUUUCAGCAGCUUCGGCUUAUGCAAAAGAAAUCGAAGAUUUGAACAAUAAUUUUGCUUCGCUCUACACUUUUGAUAGAUUUUCAUCGGAAGCAGCUUAUGAGGAAGAAUAA